UUUAGUAGUGCCAAUUCCCCAAUGCCGCUGGGCUGUAGGUGAGUCCGUGCUCCCGUCCCAAUUCCCCAAACCCUCGACCACUGCGGUGGCCACUGACCGCCGGAGCCGGCCGCUUUUCCCUCCGCCCUCCGCCCGGCCGCUCACCGCCGGCCCUCACGCCGACGGCGAUGCCGUCUUCGAAGCCGCGCCCGGACGCCUCCAGCUCCGCCGACCUGCCCGCGGACGCGCUGUACGAGGUCCUCCUUCGCAUCCCCGCCAAGGACCUCUGCCGCCUCCGCGCCGUCUGCCCAGCCUGGCGCGCCCUCACCCACGACCCGCUCUUCGUCGCCGCGCACAGGUCCCGCCACACGACCCCGCUCCUCGCCGUGGCCUACCAGGAGGACGGUAACCAUAAUGGUGUUGUGAUUUCGGAUCUGUCGGGCAACGUGGUGAAGCGGAUUCCAAACACCGAUUACGAAGUUGUUCUGAUGAAGGUGAUGAAUCAUGCCGCUGGCCGGAUCUACGAUAGCAUCCGUGUUGUGCGCACGCGGCUAGACCGCAUCUGCUUCAACUGGGUUGUCCGCUCUCGGGCCUUCUCGGUGCUGAACCCGGCCACCGGAGCUACUAUCUCCUUCCCGGUGGGCUUAUCGGAGGAAUUGGAGCAUGAACUAGAGGGAAUGAUAUGGCGCUGCCGAAUCGAGUCCUGUGCUUUUGGGCAUGUCUCCUCUACCGGAGGGUACAAGGCGCUCCGUGUCUCUAGCAUUGAUGACCGACAGGUAAGUGAGGUUAUCACCUUUGAUGACACCAACCAUGGAUGCUGGAGGAGAAAGCAGGACCCUCCGUCCAGUAUCUGUACAGGUCGCAAGGUGAGAUGCGUGGUCGUCGAUGUGGUGGUCUACUUCUUGAUGGAUUAUAACUCCACAUACAAUGAGUCCGGUGUUAUGACUAUUGAGCCUGGUAGCAUGGCUUCUUUCAACCUCGAGACGGAGGAGUGGGGUGUUCUACCUGGUCCAGAACAGGUCCAGAGGUUUGUGCAAGAGAACAAUGCUUACAAUUACUCAGAACUUGAGUUCCGGUUAUCAUUGGCUGAGUUGGACGGCUGCUUAGUUGUGGUUCAUAAUAUUCAUUACAAAUCUAUGGACUUGUGGUUUUUGACAGAUUUUGAGAAAGGUACCUGGGUUAAGAGAUACAGCAUGCCUUCACAUGUUGCUAGGCCUUAUAGGUAUCCUUUUCUGAUGUUAGAUGGUGGGGGAAUUUUCUUCAGUGGUUCGAAUGGUCGACAAGGUUUAUUUAGUGUUGGAGAGCAAGGAGAGGAAUUUGUGCGAAGUUAUGAUUCAAGAAGUGACACUUACUCUGAUGUGCUAAAACUGAAAGAUUCCAGAUCCAUUAGCAUUUGCACAGGAAGCCUGCUGAGUUUGUAGAGUAGCUGCCACUGAUGAGGCGAAUAAUGCAUCGUACUGGCUGUUCACCUUAUGUUCUAAAUGCGAACAGUUAGUGAGACAAUGUUCUGAUGCAUGCAUCGAUGAAAACACAAGUGUGCCUUCAGAGUAUAUUAUGUUCCAUCUCUGAUACAUUUUGCAUGAGAAGAUUUGCAGUUUUUUGUUCGUUCCAUUUAUAUGGCAUUUUCUGGAGUU